GAUUUAUUAGGACACUUGCGCCAUCCAUUAUUAUACUGAGUAGCUAUUGAGGAAUAGAGAUGAUCAUAUCAGGGAUUCAAACGGCCGCGUCUGCAGCCGUGCAGCCUGUAGCGGAAAACAGCAAUUGGCUUUGGAUCAAAUGGCGACUUGCACUAGGAGAUCAUAUCGACACAAAAUAUUCUGAGGGCAAGACUGCACUGCAUUUAGGAUCACAAAACGGAUACUCGUCAUUGAUUAUAUUUCUCCUUGACCAAAACGCUGACGUCGAUAUUCUUUCAAAAGAAGGCUUGACAGCACUGCACUAUGCAUCACAAGCUGGAAAUCUCGAUGCCGUUCGUUUAUUAGUUGAUGCCAGCGCUCGCAUCGACAUUUUAAACAAGGAUGAUAACACAGCGCUAGAUGUGGCUAAAAAGGAAGGUCACAAUCAAGUGGUGAAAGUGAUUGAACACAGGGCUCUAGAUUUAGCUCGACUAGAAACAAUUAGGCAACUCAGCAAAACGAAUAAGGAACUGAUGACGCAUGUGACUAAGACCUCACAGAUGUAUAACGACAAAUUGGCGUACAUAGAUGAGCUGGAAAAUGAAUGUCACGUACUGAGAAGUGUAGCUGCACGUAUUGCAAGUGAAUGCAGUGAAAAGGACGACAAAAUUGAGAACUUAGAGGACGACAUGGUACAACUUCUAAGCCAAAUGGUCAACAUCACAGAGACUCGUGUGUUUUUGAAUGAAAGCCACGACCAACUGGGAGCCGUGGACGAAGAUCUGUUAGGGUACGUGUUCCCCUCAAACAGAUCAAACAGUAUAAUCUUAGAGGACCUUCCAUGCAUGGAGUUAAAUGCACCCAGCAGUCAAAAUCGCGAUCAAGUCAGAGAUGAUGUGGAAAACAACAGUAGUGCUGAAGAAUAUUUCGGUCAUAUUGAUGGUUAUGUGAAAGGAAUUCACGGUGUGAUCGACACCUCGGUAGAUACAGUGCACGACUGUGCAAUAUCCGAUGAAAGCCUCAGUGAUUCUUAUGAUUCUUCAAUUGAAGAGGAUUUGGAUGAUGCUCUUGAGAGAUCUAAUGAAGCUGUGGAGUUGGGCAAGAAGAGAGCGGUUGACAUCGCUUCACAGAAACUCGAACGCGAUCUGUUCACUACAUAUCGGUGUGCGAUGAAUGCCAACAGAGUGCACAUGCAGAGCGUGUUCUCUGAGAUGAAAGAGCGGAGAAAUAGAGCAAGUGCACAGACGGGUACUGGCGAUGCAAUGAAAAAUGCCAUGGUUGUAGCCACCACAUGUGAUAAGUGCGACAAGCGCGUUACGGUGUCAGACGGAUUGUUUUGUCAGCCGAUUAUGAAGCCAGACGACGACGUUAAGAGAUCAAGUCAUUUCCUGUGCGGCGACUGCAUCGGACAACACGUGCAGGCAAGUUGCCCCACAAAGCGCGAAGCCAAAGCGGAAUCAAUCGAGGUGCACUGUGUGUGCGAAGGAUGUGACAGUCAUCCAUACACAACCAAAGCACUCGCUCGAGUACUGAACGAGAAGGAUUAUGGCAUUUAUAUGGCAUGCGUGUUAAGACAUGCAGAGUAUGAAUUGAGGCAAGGCCUUGUCCGUGAGAUGCGCUCAGCGACUCAGCAAAUCCCUGCGCACACAACAGGUAGUGAUCGUAAACGAAGCUUUUACAAACAGAAGUCUAUCGCCGAUAUGAUAGACGCUGACACCGAAGAAAUCCUCACAGGAGGAGGGUACUAAGAGUGACCAGCGGUGUGUGCUAUGCGCUGCGGGUAUUCAAUUAUUCAUCAGUAAGUAGCAUAUCGGUACACCAUUCAGGUUGCAAAUUGACAUCAGCUCCGAAAUAAAAUAUAGUAUAAAUUUCUAGUGUAUUGCAUAAAAAAAAACGGAAUGCAUAAAAGACCCCAAAU